ACUCAUCCAACCUACCUGUGAUUGGCAGGGUUAAACCAUGACGUUGUCCACUAUCAGUCUGAAUCAAUUAGUCUGUGGAAUAUGCAAUUAUCAUUUCAAUUAUAAUCUCUAUUACCGUAAUGCCUGUUCUAAACGCGCACAACAGAAUACAGUGGAGGCUAGAGUGAUUUUGACCUCUUCUCUCUUAACCUCUGACCUCAGUGAUGUAAGCACCCUCUCCAACCAUCUGAGCUAACCAGCCUGCUUUGGGAAACAGUCUGAACAACAUGUGUCCCAGGACUAGAUGAGGAGUACAGAGAUUCAGACCUGGACAAAGAUUCAUCCCCGAGGCCCAGGAUCCAGUGAAUGUCUCAAAACUCUCCAUCUGUGGAAGAGUGUCCUGUUCACACACAUCCCUCACAGAGAGAAGUCUGUCCUGUUGAAGAAGAGGGAAGUGGGAUGGGGAUGAGGAUGAGGAGGAUGAGUCUCUGGAGGCAGGACACAAAAAAGCAAGCUCCUGAAAACUUCCCACAAAGGAGACACCGGUCAGCUCGGCACCAGAAGGAUGACCGGCACUGAAGCUCGGCUUUCAACCAUUGCAGACAGCUGUACAAAGACUGGAACCAGGACCAAAUAUGCCUCUGACACUUCCUAAAGUUUGGAACCAGGUACUCGUCCAAUACAGCCUAAACCUGGGGACAGGAUACUCAUCUGAUGCAGCCUAAAAUCAGCAACAGGGUGCUGGGACCCGGAGUCUAGCACCACCUGCCACAGGAAAUUCAGGCUGUCUUAUAUAAGUUCAAAAUCACCAACUGAUCCAGUUGAACUAAAUCAACAAGGGACAACUGAGACAGACGGGGAGGUGACAGGAAGGGAGUGAGGGAGAAACCAGAGGAACGACCCCGAGAGGAGUAAUAUGAAUCGACCUAUUGGAUGUGGUGUCCCUAGUGAGCUUCCUCUCCCUCUGCAGCUCACCUGCACUUCCUGUCAGCCCCAGAAGCCAGUGUGGAAAGUGCUUAAAACUGCAGCUAGUUCUCAUCACCACACAUAUCUGUUUGACACACUGGAUGAUGGCUUCUGGGGCCCCUGAAAUCGUCACCGCUCGCUCAGUGGAGUUGGGGAGCAUGUCGCCUGCAACCUGCACCUGAGCUCCUGUGGACUAAAAGCAUUGUUCAGCAGAAUCACAUUAGCAUACUGACACAAACAACACGGGAGUGACUUUUGCCAACAAGCCCUUCAGGGAGCAGACAGAGAGGGAGGACAGCUCAUCAGGCUGUGCAGCAAAGUGGAACUCUAACAACAAAGAAACUCCAGCUGCAUUAAACAGACAAGUUUCAGAGUUAGUGAUUGAUGACCGGGGGAAACCAAAGCUGGAAAUCCAUCCAGGUUCCAACGUUAACCUCAUUACAAAAGAAAAGAAACAAGAUUAACCAGUGGAACUAAAUCAAACAAUCGCCACAGGGAGGCGUGCAGGAGGCGUCCUGAGCAGAUAUCACGAGGAGGUCUCACAUCAACAAGAGAAAAUACUGAAAAGGUUCUUCUAUUCUUCUGAUAUUUGACCCCGAAGACUUUCAAGCUUCUCCACAUCCUUCUGUUUCGGUGAAUUAUUGCAGAAAUCACACAGGUGGAGGAGUUCCCAUGAAUCUCCUGCAGACAGACAUUUUCUGAGGCAGCUUGCUUGGUAUAAUCUGUCAGAUUAAAGCAGCUGGAGAGAAUCGUGCAGCUCGCAAAGAGACAACAGGGUGCUGGACGUGCAUGAGAGCUGUCUGUGGUGCUGAAACCUCCCCCGACCUUUUCCAGCUGCUAAAAGGAGAAUUUCUGCGUCUCAAAGAGGAGAUUUGACGCAAAUCAAACCCACCAGACGCACACGGAGCCGAGGACAACCUGUUAGCUUCUCCCGGAUUAAUCUGCCUCUGCUGCAUGCGCGUCUCUGCUGACACCCAGGAGGAGGAGGAGAAGACAUUCAGAGUAUUUGACUCCUAAUCUGCAUACCUACUGACCCAGUUUGUGCAAGUUGGGGAUCAAACCCGCGACGGUGGUGGAGAUGGACCUGAUGAGGAGACAGUUGUGACCCUGCGUGUGAGGGAAACUUCUGGUUAAAAAAAAAAGCAGGAGAGUUACAGGGAGGAGGAAGAGAAGAAGGAGUGAUGAAGAGGCAGAGGUGUGCGGAGGCAGAGAAGGUUAUGACCGCGUCUCUUCACCUGGACGUGGGGCUGAUGCUGCUGCUGAUGGCCUGCUGGCAGGCACCGGAGCUGGUCGGAGCAACUGUGCCGGCGGCCCCGGUGAACGUGUCGGUGACCCAGCUGAGGGCACACUCUGCCAUGGUGACCUGGAACGUCCCUCAGGGUGACACUGUCAUCGGAUACGCCAUCUCACAGCAGAGACAGGACGGUCUGAUGCAACGCUCCAUCCGGGAGGUGAACACAUCCAGCCGCUGGUGUGUGCUGUGGGACCUGGACGAGGACACACACUACAGUGUCCAGGUGCAGUCUGUGGGGCUCAAUGGGGACAGCCAGCCCAGCCGUGCCGUCCACUUCAGGACCCUGGAGAAGACCGACCACUAUCCGGCUGGAGUCCUGGACCACCAUGAACCGGCGAUGGAGGGACUGGGGAUGACUCCUCAGCUGCAGACAGGAGAGCUGCUCAUUAUCACCACAGUGCUGCUGCUGUGGGCAGCCGUGAUCGCCCUCUUCUGCCGGCAGUACGACAUCAUCAAAGACAACGACACCAACAGCACCAAGGAGAAGAGCAAGCGGCCGCUGGUGCGCUCCACCUCCUACUACUACAACGCCUCCGCCGGGAGCUCGCCCCUCUGCCAAAACGGAGCCGUCCGCAGCAGCAAGCUGCACAGAGCCUCGUCCUCCAUCAGCAUCAUCAGAGUCUGACGGCUGCAGAGUUUAUUUUCAUGAGUCUGGACUUGACGUGACAGGUGGAGCGGUUACCUGAGGACUUCCUCAACAGGAUUACGGUGACGAGCAGACUUUAGAGACGUGGAGAGAGGCUGCUGUUAAAUAUGAGAACUAAUGCAGGACGACUGCUGCCCUCUUGUGGCUGAGGACUGUACCUGCAGCCAAACUCACUCCCUGUUGAACAAACACACUUUGACUUUCUCUUCUUUUAGAGAGGGGGAGAGACUGGUUGUGAAUAUUUCUCAGCAUGAAGGCCAAACCCUGUCCUCAUCAAGUCGACUUCAACAAGGUUUUAUUCUUUAGUUUGCUUCAUAUUCACAUUCCACUUUGCCCAGUUUGUAAAUAUCAUGUGGAUUAAUAAGGAGGUGUACAUUAUUAACAUUAAAACACGUGUAUUAUAUGUAUUUAUGAAGAAUAUGUACAUAGGCCAGAUCUAAGUCUUAGUAUUUUGAGUGUAAAUGAAUCAUGAAUCAUUAGAUGAUGAUGAAUGAACUCUGUAAACUUUCAUAUUCACUUAAUUAUACCACACAUAGUUUAAACAUGUUAAUAUAAUCAUUGUGAGGUCUGUUCAUGCCAUUAUAUCAUUUAAUGAAUAUUUAUGAUUCAACAUUAAGACAUCAUGCAUUUGAUCUAACUCUGGACAGACUGUACCCUCAGAGGGAUUUGUUUGUCUCAGUGUUCAUAGUAAACAUGUCGAUUAAAGCAAUAAAGGCUCAGUUCACCUGCGUGUGGAUCCAGCAGUGCCUACGUGA